AGUUGAUUCAGAGGGUCAAGAUUCAAACCUAAAACACUCCCACCACUCUCAUCGUUGAUCUUCCCCGGCAACCACCCAGAAAGCAAUGUCCGACUCCAAGAAAAGGCUCCAAGGCAAGGUGACCAUCGUCACCGGCGGCGCCAGCGGCAUCGGAGAGGCCACCGCCCGCCUCUUCGCCUCCCACGGGGUGCGCGCGGUCGUCAUCGCCGACGUCCAGGACGCCCUCGGCGAGCAGGUCGCCGCCUCGAUCGGGGCCGAAAUUUGCACCUUCGCACGCUGUGAUGUCACCGACGAAGACCAAGUCGACGCCCUCGUCCGGUCGACGGUCCUGGCCCACGGGAGACUCGACGUCAUGUUCUGCAACGCUGGCGUUGUGAGCCCCUCCGACCAGAAGCUCCUCGACCUCGAACUCUCCCAGUUCGAUCGGCUGUUGGCUAUCAACGUGCGGGGCGUGGCGGCGUGCGUGAAGCACGCGGCGCGGGCGAUGGUCGAGGGGCACGUGAGGGGCAGCAUCUUGUGCACGGGGAGUGUCUCGGGGAGCUGCGGCGGGGUGCGGCGGACGGACUACCACGUUUCGAAGCACGCGGUGGUGGGGCUAGUGAGGUCGGCGAGCGUCCAGCUCGGGGCGCACGGGAUCAGGGUGAACUGCGUGUCGCCGUACGCGGUGGCGACGCGGCUGACGAGCGGCGCGCUCGGGGGGAUGAGCGCGGAGGAGGUGGAGAGGUACUAUGAGCCGGCCAUGGCGUUGAAAGGCGGAGGGAUGCUGAAGGCCAGGGACGUGGCCGAGGCCGUGCUGUUUCUGGCGUCGGACGAGUCGGAGUUCAUCACCGGGCAUGAUUUGGUCGUGGACGGCGGAUACCUUCUCCGCCGUUAAGUUUUUAAUUGGAUCACUUCUUUCUUUUCGUAUAUUAUAUUUUAUUUAGUUUCCCUCGAUGGUGUCUUCUUCGAUCAUUCCCUAGUCAUUGGACAUGAUAUUAUUUGGAUACAAUUGCCCAU